AUGUCUCUUGACAGAAUGAGGAAAAGCCUUUAAAGCUUGUUGGGCAUUUAAAGCAAUCCUUAGAAUGAAUAGCCUUCUCAAGUAUCCAAACAAAGCCAACCGCAACAGGUAUUGCGUACAUCGGAUUAAAUUUUCAAAAACAAAUUUGUUAUUAUUCAGAAGAAGGAAGAUAAAUUAAACCCCUAUAAAUACGCCUUAGAGAGACUCAAAGAAUACAACUUAACCAUGCUGCGAGCAAAUGAUCUAUUGAAAUGUCCCAUAAUUUCAUACAAAUUUAAUAAAGAAGAAAAGAGGAUUCAUGAAAACAUAGUGACUAAACCAAGAUGGAAAAAGGAAGAAUCCUCUCAAGAAAUUAUCAACAUCAAACCUGAAGAUGACAGGAAAAGCUUUUUCUUCCAUGCCUCUUACACCAAAGAUGAAAAUCCAUAGCCAAGUCAAUCCAAAUAAACAGCCAAAAAAUCAUAGGUUUCAUUGAGAAAUUCAGAUUCAUAUGGAGAAUACAACUUUGAGAAGGAAAAACAAACUGUCGAAAAUAUUCUCAAAUCCAAUAAAUAAAAGGCUCAGGAGGAGGACAAUUAAAGUGAAUCAGACUCUAUCGUUAUUAUUGAUAAAAAGUCAGAACCAAAAUUUAGAAAGCUUAAUCCCCCACCUUAAGAGUUGAAUAAGGAUCCAAAACAAAUAUCUGGAAAAAAAGAAACUCAAAAUGCUGAUGAUAUUUAAACAUCCAAAAAACCAACUGUUUAAAAAUAUGAUGUAUAAGAAAAACUACCAGAGCGAUAGGUACCAUAAGAGUACCCAACAAAUCCUACAACUGAAAUUCAAAAAAAUGAAGUUGUAGAAAAUAAGUAACCAUAAGCAGUUGAACCUUAAGUAGAAUAAAAAAUAACCCCCUUGAUAUCAGAUUAGGUAUAGAUUGCUCCUGAUGUGAACCCUUUCACAUAAAGCGUUUAGAAUCAACUAUUUACUCCUCCUUGGCUUGAUAAUCCCAUAUCAUAAUAAUAAUAGAGUCAAGUUUCAUUCAAUUUAUUUCAAUAGCCGUUGAUCUAAUAAUAGCCUUAAAUGCAACAACCAAUAAUGCAGCCAAUAUAAUUUUAGAAUCCAAUGUAAUAAUAAUAAACACAAAACUUAUUUCCUUUUUAAAACCAAUAAUAAUCGCAGAAUGUUUUCUCUAGCCAAAAUUUAUUCAAUCAAUAACCCAAUCUAUUUUAAAAUAAUUAAUAACCUCAGUAGAAUUUUAAUCUAUUUAGUUAAACUAAUCAAUUUUAGUAAUAACCCUUAUUUUAGCAAUAGCAAUCAUAAUAACCAUUGUUUUAGUAAUAGCCAUCAUCCGAAUCAUUUUUUUAAUAAUAAUCAUCGACAUAAAAUUUAUUUUAGCAAUAGCCAUUAUUUUAAUAGUAAUCUUCAACACAAUCAUUCUUCUAGUAGUAGCCAUCAAGUAAUUUAUUCGCUUCACAGCCAUAAAAUCAAUUAUUUCAAUAACCCAAUUAACAAGCAACAAAUUUAUUUGGAAAUAAUGAUUAAAGAUCAAGUGUAGUAGAUUUAUUCUCAGCCCAAUCAGUUCAAAACACACCCAAUUUAUUUUAAUAAAACCAAACUUAAAAUUAAGAAUCCUUAUUUUCAUUAAACACAUAAUCAUAAUCAAAUAACACUGCCUAAUAACGAGCAUAUUCUCAUUCUGAUAGAUACAAAAAGAACCUUAGCAAAUAUACAACUGAAAGAAUAGAAUGA